ACCAGGUGCCAUGUAAGCCUCUGGGCCUGGGGGCAGGUGCCCACCAGUGGGGUACCCACCCCCACAGCAGGGGUUCCUCUGCACAGUUCAGCCCAGGUGAACUGGAGCCCCUCACCAAUAUCUCCUAGACCAGCCUCCCCGGGGGGAGCCUUCUGGUCUGUAGUGCUGCCCUUGUUCCUAGGGCUCUAGGGCAUGGGGGCCCUGGAUUCCUGAGUGCUCCUUCUGAGCUGGCCUGUGGCUAAUUUGAAUUCAGCAGCUUCAGAGAGUUUUGAACUGGGCAGCAAAGGCUGAGUGGCUCAAGGUGGGCAUGGGAGGUAUGUUGCCAGGAGGACGGGAUAUCCUGCAGGACUCAUUCACUGCCCUUCCAGCAGAGGGGCUGGGUGGCCCCAGUCACACCCCUGACCGUGGAUCCCAGCUGUGUCCCUCUCUACCAAGAGGCAUAGCUGUGGUUGGGCAUCUGUCUGAUGAGUGUGAAAUCAAGUCAUAGAGCAUACUUCCUGGGGUCCAGCAAAGCAAGAAACUGGACCUCAUUCAACAGAUCUUUACUGAGCACUUGCUAUGUGCUGGGCACUCUCCUGCCUCCAUACUUGCUAGAUCCAUGCAUGCCCUUACCCUCAUCUUCCCCAAGGUCUUCCGCCUUCUACCUGUCUUAUUCGGUUUGUGCUGAGGGACUGGCUCAUGCUUGGUGUGGGAAGCCCCCACACUACCCCCAAGGACUACAUGCACUGGGCUGGGUCUCCUUAAGAAAAGGCAACAGCAGAGCUAGGGGCUCCCCUGAUCCAUGUAGGAGGCAGAAGGUGAGCCCAGGUCUUUAAUGGAACUGAGCAGUUACUGUUGCAGUAACCCCAGGGAGAGCCGAUCCCAAAGGGCUGGUGCCAGUCUUUGGGGGCAAGAGUCCCUCAGGGUUAAGUCCUCAGGGGAAGCCCAUCUCUGGUUGCUAAGGUUCUUUAUAUUGGCUCUGGGGGCAGACGGGGUCGGAGGUGGGUCUUGCCCAGGCAUGGAUCAGCAUUUCCGAUAGCCUGGAAGCACCUGGGCUGUGGGGCCUGAGAGAUGCUUGUAUACUGGGCACACCUGGCUAGGACUGUGGUGGCCCUGGAUGCCACAGCAGCCCAGGCAGCCACAGGGUCCUCUGCUAUCUUUCAGGAGGUGAGCACCAGGCCCGCUGAGCCUCUGCAGAGCUGCCAGCCAUGCCCGGGAUUGUGGUGUUCCGGCGGCGCUGGUCUGUGGGCAGUGAUGACCUCGUCCUGCCAGCCAUCUUCCUCUUCCUCCUGCAUACCACUUGGUUUGUGAUCCUGUCUGUGGUGCUCUUCGGCCUGGUCUACAACCCAAAUGAGGCCUGCUCCCUGAACCUGGUGGACCACGGCCGCGGCUACCUAGGCAUCCUGCUGAGCUGCAUGAUCGCCGAGAUGGCUAUCAUCUGGCUGAGCAUGCGCGGGGGCAUCCUCUACACGGAGCCCCGCGAGUCCAUGCAGUAUGUACUCUACGUGCGCCUGGCCAUCCUGGUGAUCGAGUUCAUCUAUGCCAUCGUGGGCAUCGUCUGGCUCACUCAGUACUACACCUCCUGUAAUGACCUCACUGCCAAGAAUGUCACCCUCGGGAUGGUUGUCUGCAACUGGGUGGUCAUCCUCAGUGUCUGCAUUACUGUCCUCUGCGUCUUCGACCCCACGGGCCGCACCUUUGUCAAGCUGAGAGCCACCAAGAGGCGACAACGCAACCUCCGCACCUACAACCUUCGGCACCGCUUAGAGGAGGGUCAGGCCACCAGCUGGUCACGCCGGCUCAAAGUGUUCCUCUGCUGUACUCGGACGAAGGACUCCCAGUCAGACGCCUACUCAGAAAUCGCCUACCUCUUUGCCGAGUUUUUCCGAGAUCUUGACAUCGUGCCAUCCGACAUCAUCGCAGGCCUGGUGCUGCUCCGGCAGCGGCAGCGGGCCAAGCGCAAUGCCGUGCUGGACGAGGCGAACAACGACAUUUUGACCUUCCUGUCUGGGAUGCCAGUGACCAGAAACACCAAGUAUCUCGACCUCAAGAACUCGCAAGAGAUGCUCCGCUAUAAAGAGGUCUGCUACUACAUGCUCUUUGCCCUGGCCGCUUAUGGGUGGCCCAUGUACCUGAUGCGGAAGCCUGCCUGUGGCCUCUGUCAGCUGGCACGGUCCUGCUCGUGCUGCCUGUGUCCCGCGCGGCCCCGCUUUGCCCCAGGAGUCACCAUCGAGGAGGACAACUGCUGUGGCUGCAAUGCCAUUGCCAUCCGGCGUCAUUUCCUGGAUGAGAACAUGACUGCGGUGGACAUAGUAUACACCUCCUGCCAUGAUGCGGUCUAUGAGACCCCCUUCUAUGUGGCAGUGGACCAUGACAAGAAGAAGGUGGUGAUCAGUAUCCGGGGAACCCUUUCCCCAAAGGAUGCCUUGACAGACCUGACUGGUGAUGCCGAGCGCCUCCCUGUGGAGGGGCACCAUGGGACCUGGCUGGGACACAAGGGAAUGGUCCUCUCGGCUGAGUACAUCAAGAAGAAGCUGGAGCAGGAGAUGGUCCUGUCCCAGGCCUUUGGGCGAGACCUGGGCCGAGGAACCAAACACUACGGCCUGAUUGUGGUGGGCCACUCCCUGGGUGCAGGCACCGCUGCUAUCCUCUCCUUCUUGCUGCGCCCCCAGUAUCCUACCCUCAAGUGCUUUGCGUACUCCCCGCCAGGGGGCCUGCUGAGUGAGGACGCCAUGGAGUACUCCAAGGAAUUUGUGACGGCUGUGGUUCUGGGCAAAGAUCUUGUCCCCAGGAUCGGCCUCUCCCAGCUGGAAGGCUUCCGCAGACAGCUCCUGGACGUCCUCCAGCGAAGCACCAAGCCCAAAUGGCGAAUUAUUGUGGGGGCCACCAAAUGUAUCCCCAAGUCGGAGCUGCCCGAGGAGGUUGAGGUGGCCACCCUCUCUAGUACACGGCUCUGGACCCACCCCAGCGACCUGACCAUCGCCCUGUCAGCCAGCACCCCUCUCUACCCACCCGGCCGCAUCAUUCACGUGGUCCAUAACCACCCAGCAGAGCAGUGCUGCUGCUGUGAGCAGGAGGAGCCCACAUACUUCGCCAUCUGGGGCGACAACAAGGCCUUCAAUGAAGUGAUCAUCUCGCCGGCCAUGCUGCAUGAGCACCUCCCCUAUGUGGUCAUGGAGGGGCUCAACAAGGUGCUGGAGAACUACAACAAGGGGAAGACAGCCCUGCUUUCUGCUGCUAAGGUCAUGGUGAGCCCCACUGAGGUGGACCUGACUCCUGAGCUCAUCUUCCAACAGCAGCCGCUGCCAACAGGGCCUCCCUUGCCCACCGGCCUAGCCCUGGAGCUUCCCACCACAGACCACCGAAAUAGCAGCGUCAGGAGCAAGUCCCAGUCUGAGAUGAGCCUGGAGGGCUUUUCGGAGGGGCGGCUGCUGUCCCCAGUGGUGGCGGCAGCAGUGACCCGCCAGGACCCCGUGGAGCUGCUGCUACUGUCUACCCAGGAGCGGCUGGCAGCGGAGCUGCAGGCCCGGCGGGCACCCCUGGCCACCAUGGAGAGCCUGUCAGACACAGAGUCCCUGUACAGCUUCGACUCCCGCCGCUCCUCAGGCUUCCGCAGCAUCCGCGGCUCACCUAGCCUCCAUGCUGUGCUGGAGCGCGACGAGGGCCACCUCUUCUACAUCGACCCCACCAUCCCUGAGGAGAACCCGUCCCUGAGCUCGCGCACGGAGCUGCUGGCGGCCGACAGCCUGUCCAAGCACUCACAGGACACGCAACCCCUGGAGGCAGCCCUGGGCAGCGGCGGCGUCACCCCCCAGCGGCCCCCCAGCGUGGUGGCCAAUGACCAGGAGGAGGAGGGGGGCGGGGGCGGUGGGGUGGCCCCCGGGGGAGAGCUGGCACUGCACAACGGGCGCCUGGGGGACUCGCCCAGCCCUCAGGUGCUAGAGUUCGCCGAGUUCAUCGACAGCCUCUUCAACCUAGACAGUAAGAGCAGUUCCUUGCAGGACCUCUACUGCAUGGUGGUGCCCGAGAGCCCCACCAGCGACUAUGCUGAGGGCCCCAAGUCCCCCAGCCAGCAAGAGAUCCUGCUCCGUGCCCAGUUUGAGCCCAACCUGGUGCCCAAGCCCCCGAGGCUCUUCGCUGGCUCAGCUGACCCCUCCUCGGGCAUCUCACUCUCUCCCUCCUUCCCACUCAGCUCCUCGGGUGAGCUCAUGGACCUGACACCCACAGGUCUCAGCAGCCAGGAGUGCCUGGCAGUGGACAAGAUCCGGACUUCCACCCCCACCGGCCACGGGCCCAGCCCCGCCAAGCCAGAUGACCUGGUUAUCUCAGCACGCUAGCACCCCAGGAGUGGCUGCCGGCCGAGGCCCAGGCCAGAGCAGGUGGCCCCUCAGGCUCCUGGUGGCUGCCCCCAGGGCCAGGCUGCUUUGUGGAGAGGCCCCUAGGAGCCAGUUUAGCCUCAGGCAUGGGGCACUGCUACUGAGCUGGGGGUCCGCAUCCCUACCUCAGCUUAGGACCACCAGGUGGCCCGGAUCUAGGUCCUCCAGAUUGGGGAGAAGGUGAAGCAGGGAGAAGCCUGGGGCAGCCUGCCAAGUGGGCAGGGCAGCACUGGCCCCUCAGCCUGACUACUCCACAGGAUGGCCAAUGGGCAUGCUGACUCCCCAUCACUGCCCUCUGCUGCUCUCACAGGGCCGAGAUGGAGAGCAGCCCUCUCCCCACAUCUUCACAUUUGUGGCCCAGGCUGGCAUCUGCCCUGGCCACCUCUCCUAGAUCUGGUGCCUGCUGGCCAGCCCCCUGGGAUAACCCCACACCAAGGUGGCCCGCAGUGCUGUGUAUGUUUACAGAUGCUGCUGGGCUGGGCUCAGGAUGUAUCCUGGGCUUGCAAGCCCCCUCCUGCUACCCCCUCAUCCCAGCCUCUUCCUGUGUUUUGAGCAGGGAGGGGAAGCAGCCUGACUGCACAGAGCCCAAGGCAGCCACGGGGCCUGGAGGAGGGUGAGGUCAAGACUACCCCUCCUCUGCUUGGUGCCCGUCAUGUCGAUCCUCCUGGCAGCAGGUCCUGGGCACCCUGGCUUGCCCCAUCUGCCUGUUACUUCCUAGCUUGCCUUCUAUCCUCCAGGGGUCCUGGCCACUCAAAGGGUGGAAGGCACAGGUGUGACCACUCCUGGCUGCAGAGUGAGUGCCCUGGGAAGAAGGAGGGCACCCAAAUCCCCCUUCCUCUGAGGGCCCCAUGUAACCCCUUUAUAUCACCCCUCUUCCCGCACCCAAGCAGCCUCAGGCCCUGGGAUCUAAAACCACACAUGCCUCAGCUCCUCCUCACUGGCCUGAGCUCUCUCCUGGUGGUAGGGCUUUCUUCCCUCCCACCCUUGAGGUCCUGUUGGCAGGAAAUGGGGCCAAGAGUGGGGAGUUGUGGGACUUGGCCAAAGGGGGAGCAGGAGGGCCAGAGUCUCUGGGGCUUUCCCGGUUUAGCCGGAAGCCUCCACAGCCCCUGCUUGAGGGGGGUUCCUUCCCUGCUAGUUUGGGGGGGGGGGUAAGGGGAGUUGGAGAGUGGCCUGUCCCCAGAAGCUGUGGGUAGAAGGUUGUGCAUGUGUGGGGCAUGUCUGUGCAUGUGCAUGAGUGUGCGCCACUCCUGAGGAAGGGGCUGCUGGGGGCAUCCACCCACUGCACCCCACCUGCCCUGCCUGCUUGCUACCCCUCCCCAGCCCACCAAGAAAAUAAACUAGGAUGGGGGCCUGUGCACAGGGGGCCAUAGGAUGAGCUCAGUUUCAGACAUCGCCAUCCCCCUUCUCCUACUUGUGGCUCUGACCCCGGGUUUGGAAAACGUGUGUGCUCAGGCACUAACUGCCCGCUUGUGCCUUCGUCUCCUCGGAGGCAUACUCCCACAUGCUGGCCCCUCCACGGCUUCUCCGGGGUGCCCCCCAAUCUCAUGAACACUGGUGUCUUGGCCUGUCCUGACCACCCCCAUCCCUGUCCCACACAGCUGGGACUGGCUUGGAUGCUGCUCUGGGACCCCUGCCCGCCCUGACAGAUGGAGGCAGAGACCUGGGGUCUGGGCCUCCCUCUCUGACACCCACCCCUCACGAGACUCUAGGACGCCCCUGCUGAGGGGCCUGCUGCUGGCAGAGCCUGGGCCCAGCAGAAGAUGGAAUCAGUGGCUCUCAGAGUUAAAAAAAAAAAAAUCAUAAAUCAGAGUAAGGUUCCAACAAGCACCUCAGCCAAUUAUAGGGAGAGACUCAGUGUCUGGCCUUUUAAUUCCUCUUCUGCCAGGGUGGGCCCUGGCACCUCUAAGGGGGUGUGGUACCCACCCACGCCCAGAACUGAGCCAUCAGGGACAGACUCCCCACCGCCAGGGCUGCAGCCACCCAGGGUUACAGACUUGGGGCUGAGGCAGGCUCGGACUCAGCCCUGGAUGCCCCAGGGUCAGCCCAUCCCAAACCCACCCCCUGCCCGCCACACUCCUGAUGAUAGGCUUACCCACCCCUCUCCUUCCCCACACCACACUUGGGGGAGUCUGAGCCACCCCCCUCAGCCCAGCAAGGCUCAGACCCACGCCCACUCUAUCCCCCAGACUGCAGCACAAACUUCCCCAGCCGUGAGCUGGUCUGUUCUCCUAAGGGGCCUGGGUGACCUCUAUAUGCAAUCGGUGGUGAGCAGCUGGGCCGCACAGACACUCAGGCACUGUACGUGCCAUUCCCCUAUGACUUUUUGUACUUACUGUAUGAAAGAUCCAAACUAAUAUUGCUGUAAAAAGGAGAGACUAAUUAAUAUAGCCUAUUCUAUAAAUAUAUCUGUAUAUAAAGGUUUCUGUAUAUUGUAUAGAGCUGUGUAUAAACUGGAUGUAGGAACGUG